CCAAAGAGCGCAGAGACCGACGGGCACUGAGAGCACCACCCCUGCCUGAGAGACCGUAGCUUCGCCUUUUCUGUAUCAACCUGCCCUUUCUCAGCCCCCGCUAGAAGACGUCUCCCCGCUCCACCGGCCUAGCUCUGUAGCUGCUGGGCGGACCCGUGUUUUUGUGCGUCGCCUACUGAACCGACAUCAGCGGUGAGAUUUUUGGAGACGCUUGAGCCCGAGAGAUAGCGGAUAGAAAUGGCUACGACAACCUGUACGCGAUUCACUGACGAGUAUCAACUCUACGAAGAGCUGGGGAAGGGAGCCUUUUCAGUUGUCCGCCGAUGUGUCAAGCUGUGUACAGGACAAGAGUAUGCUGCCAAAAUCAUCAACACUAAAAAGCUGUCUGCGAGAGAUCACCAGAAGCUGGAACGAGAAGCUCGAAUCUGUCGUCUCCUAAAACACCCCAACAUUGUGCGUCUCCAUGACAGCAUAUCAGAGGAGGGCUUCCACUACCUGCUGUUUGACUUGGUGACCGGAGGGGAGCUCUUUGAGGACAUUGUAGCCAGAGAAUACUACAGUGAGGCAGAUGCAAGUCAUUGCAUCCAGCAGAUUUUGGAGGCGGUGCUUCACUGCCAUCAAAUGGGCGUGGUGCACCGGGACCUAAAGCCUGAGAAUCUGCUCCUGGCAAGUAAAUGCAAGAACGCAGCGGUAAAACUGGCAGACUUUGGCCUGGCCAUCGAGGUUCAGGGAGACCAACAGGCUUGGUUUGGGUUUGCUGGCACACCGGGGUACCUCUCCCCUGAAGUGUUGAGAAAGGAGGCAUAUGGUAAACCUGUGGACAUCUGGGCCUGUGGGGUGAUCCUCUACAUCCUGCUGGUGGGGUACCCUCCUUUCUGGGACGAGGACCAGCACAAGCUGUACCAACAGAUCAAGGCUGGGGCGUACGACUUUCCUUCUCCAGAGUGGGACACAGUGACUCCUGAGGCAAAAAACCUGAUCAACCAGAUGCUGACCAUUAAUCCAGCCAAAAGGAUCACUGCUCAGGAGGCCCUCAAGCACCCAUGGGUCUGCCAACGGUCCACAGUGGCCUCGAUGAUGCACAGACAGGAGACUGUGGAGUGUCUGAAGAAAUUCAACGCCAGGAGGAAACUCAAGGGAGCCAUUCUCACAACCAUGCUGGUGUCUCGAAAUUUCUCUGCAGCCAAGACUUUACUGAACAAAAAGGCAGAUGUCAAGAAACGCAAGUCCAGCUCCACUGUGCAGUACAUGCCCCAGACAAACAGCACCAAAAACAGCAUAGUCACCAGCCCCAAAGGAAACGUCCCUUCACCUGCUCUGGAGCCACAGACAACUGUCAUCCAUAACCCAGUGGACGGGACUAAGGAAUCAUCGGACAGCAGCAACACCACAGUGGAGGAUGAAGAUGUGAAAGGAAACUGCACAGUUAAGGCCCAGUCCAGCCCCUGUUCCCAGUCUGUGAGUCAGGGUGCAUCCACUGCUGUGCACUCGGCCGCUAAGUUUGCUGACCUGCUGGGCUCAGUGCGUAGAGGUUCAGGGCCCACCCCAGACGGAGAGGUCAGACCCUGUACCACCCCUCCCCCCUCAGCCUUCUCUGCCCCCUCGCCCCCACACACCCCUGCCAUCCCAAUGCAGAUGUCCAGGCUCACAGACUUGGUUAGCAGUGUCCGUAAGGUGCCUGCUACCCCUGCGGCCUCCGCGGCCCCCCAAGCCCCCCCGGCCCCUCACACUGACAGCGAUGCAGCGCCUGUUCCCAGUCCCAGGUCUCACCAAACCCACGCCACACCCCCACCUCCACCCCAGCCCCCAUCCAGCCCCUCCCCUACCUCUGCCCAGACCCGCAAACAAGAAAUAAUCAAGAUCACAGAACAGCUCAUAGAAGCCAUCAACAAUGGAGACUUUGAAGCUUACGCCAAGAUUUGUGAUCCGGGGCUGACAUCAUUUGAACCAGAGGCACUGGGAAACUUGGUAGAAGGCAUGGAUUUCCACAGAUUUUACUUUGAAAAUCUUUUGGCCAAGAACAGCAAACCCAUCCACACCACCAUCUUGAACCCCCAUGUGCACCUGAUCGGGGAGGACGCUGCCUGCAUCGCUUACAUUCGCCUGACACAGUUUGUGGACGGACAGGGCCGACCACGCUCCAGCCAAUCAGAGGAGACUCGAGUGUGGCACCGCAGAGACAGCAAGUGGCAGAACAUCCACUUCCACUGCUCCGGGGCACCCGCUGCGCCGCUACAGUGAGGAUGAUUGCCAUGUUGUGUCUCGAUGGAGUGCUCUACAAAAGAAAAAUUGAAAGAAGAGGAGGGAGGUGUGCCGUGUCGCUUUAGGGACAGAGGCCUUUUCGACACGGGUCAAAACUCCCAGCAUGCAUCUCUUCUGCCCCUUUACCUGACCAUCACCUGGCGACUAUCGGAGUGACCGGCUCGGCCUUCCUCCUCUUCCUCAGACUGAGGAGCGCAGCACUCGCCGUGAUUCCUUCUUCCUGUGGUCUCCCCUCUGCCCUGUGUCUGUGUGAAUCAUCCACACUUGUGUGACAUAAACACUGCACUGGAAAUACAGUUUGUAAAGUUUUAAGAUAAUUCUAUUAAAUAAUCUAAUUAUAAUAAUAAUUAUGAUAAUAAUUCUAUUAUCAUAAUUAUGAGAAUUAUUAUAAUUUCACAUUUGCAAUUGUAUAUGUAAUUUGUAUAAUUCAAAAUUCUUAUUGCCAGUGGUUUCUAGAGUCAAGGGUUAUUUGUUCUUUUUAAGAAGCAUGUUUUCCCAUAAUAACAGUGGCUGUUUUCUAUUGUGGCUUAAGUGGAAAUGAUAUUGGCAGUUUUUGUAAUUUGCUUAUUGUUUGAUAGGUAUGCAACAGCGCCCCACAGAAACAUGUUUGUUGGCAUUGUUCUUACACAUUUCUUACUAUUGUCUAAUGCUGUUUGAAUGAGGUGCACUACACAUUUGUGUUUGUGAGAGUAACAUUAUAUGUGCAGGUCAAGUACAAGUCAAGUACAAGUCUGGGACUCAAAACAGUCAAGGGAAAGUGUAAUGAAAAAAUGCCCAGAUGGAUUUUGCAUUUAUGGUCAGUAUCUUCCAGUGCUGAAACAUGAAAUGUGACAUGUAAUAACAUGCAAUAGUCAUCACAUUUAUUUAGAUGUGUAAUGAAUAAAACGAAUAGAGAAGUCUGCAUAGCCACACACACGUUAGCUCUUAACCAUAAUUGUUAUUAACUUAAAUUAAAGUCUAACAGCGUGAGUUGAAAUAUAUUCAGACUGUAGCCUUUCCAGACUCUGGUUUCUGUUUAGUUAUUACUUUGAACGGAGUGUGAAGGAGUGGAGUUGUACAGCAUUGUUGGUGAUACUAGUUAAAACAUACUUUUUAUUUUGUAAAAGUAACAGCUGCUGUCUGAAAAACACAUUUGUGGUUCAAAUAGACAAACAAGUGGCAAAGAUCGAUCUACUUAAAUGGUGCUAAUGUCUUAUUACAUGAAGCACUUGUAUGUGUCCAAAAUCAGUGGGCUCUGAGGUGAAGAAUCAAAGCUGUGUCUGUAUCUGACUGUGUGUGUGUGUGCGCUGUGUGCGCUGGUGUGUGCGUGUGUGUGCGCGCUAUCCACGAGCUUUGGGCAAAUGUGUAAAGAUGUUUAUGGUAAAGAAAAGUAAAUGCUUUAUUUCAAGUACAUAUCAGUUUCCCGCAUUCAGCCCUGGAGUUUUUCAUAUGUUUUAUCACGUUUUUGUUCAUAUUUGUAUUUGAUUUGUGAUACUAAAGUGCUUGUGCCAGAGGGCCUCACUGUAAACCUGUGGAGGUGUAACAUUAUGGUAAAUUAAGUGUUAAGUUCUUGUUUUGUUCAUUCACCUUUGACAGACUUUGAGCGUUUGUCCCGAAUGGUCAGAUGAAGAUUGAAAAGAGCGAGUAGUUGGUUUGGUGUCCUCAGGUUUAUAUUUAUUUAGAAUAUUUAUUUAUUUAUUUUAGCGUUAAUUUGAAUGUGUGCUUUUUUUCUUAUUGUACAGCCCAUGCACUUGUACAAGUAUUGUCUGUAAUUGUUUAAAGGGACACUGCUUUGUGUAUGGCUGUUUUUAAAGGGGGACUGCACCCAGUUUGGACACUGCAUGUGUUGUUUUUGUUACGACCAACUUGGUGUGAAUUACUCUUUUUUGUGCUUUUUCUGCUUUACAAUGUUAUGGCAUUAUUUUAGGUGUACUUUUGUACAUUUUAGACUAUUUGAUAAUUACCUUUUCGCUUCAACUGGACACUAAGGACAUUUGUACAUCACUCAUUCUUUAGGAGAAAAACCACUGCGCCAUAAUACACGUGUCUCUCACAGUAGCAUUGUUACAUAGUCAUGGUCUGUUACUGAAAGGUCAGAGGUCGUGCUUGUGCUUAACUCAACAUGACCCCAAUCCAAAAUGGUGAAUAAUACGCAGCAUGUACAGUUCAAACGUGUUGUCCUUCAGUUUUCAUGUGCUUACUUCUUUAUGUGCUUACUUCAAAAUCAGUAUAAGAUUCACAGUAAAACAAAGGAAGUACACAGUAUUACACAAAUACAUACAACGUAGCUAGCCGUGUAGCUGGCAUUUUCUUUGCAUGGCAGUCAACAGGGCACUUGUUCUUUUACUGUUUUUAAUUUUGCUCAUUUUCUACUGAAUGCUGGUAUACUCAACCUUUCUCUAUGUAUUUUCUGAGCUUUUUAAGUGCAUAUAGCUAUUUUUGUCUCAAGAUGAUAUAAAGGAGAUGCUUAGAAAGUUUAUAUAUUGACUGUGGCCCUAAAUAUGACUAAAGGGGCAGUGAUGGUAAUAAAGAUGUGAUGAUUAUUCUGCAUGCUUGUAUGGUGGCUCUAUGUUGUCAGUGCAAUUGGCUGACUUCUGUAUUCACAUUAGAACGAAAAAGCAAUUUGUCCAGUGAAGUAAAACAAACAAUUACAGCAAGAACUCCAGCAGGGGGCACUGCCAUUCAAUAUAAAGCACAGGUAUUAACAGCACAAUGUUUCCUUGGGUAACACAGGACAGCAGCUCAGUACUGUUACUAUGAGACAAUCUAAUACAAUUUCUACUUCCAGCACUUGUUUUUAUUGAUCUUUUGUAAAUGAAACUUGGUCAAAAUAAAAUAUGGCUUCUUCUUAUGAGCUCCACUUGCUGUAGUAGCUCUGCAGUUGGGUAAGACUGAAGAAUUACAUAGGAGCUUUUGAACUGCCUUCGACUACAAUGCACUGACAACAUUGAGUUGGGUGGUUUUUGUACACUCUUUCCUGACCUUACCUUCUGUUUCAAUUUUUUUUUCAACCAUUUUUGCCUUUUUCUAGUUUCUAUUUUUGUCUGUAAUUUAAUUUUUUUGUCAGUUUGGUUUGAACUUGUAAAAUACUCCUCUAGUUCUCUAUUCUGCAGGUUAUUGCUCUGUUCUCUUUAUGUGCAACAUGUGUUUCUCUAACUUCAAGAAAAUGUGUUAAAGUAUUAUCAAUAAAAAGAGAAAGAAGA